CAUCGUCUCAUCGUCUGGAUUCCUCAGCAUCACGACCUCCGCUCGCUAUGAUCAGGACCGCAUCCUCGUCGGCGAGACGAACUGCCGUACAUGUCUCACGGUGUCCAGCAUACACAGCAGCUGGCGCACCGUCAAUAGCUAGGCGGUACUCUGCGGCCCUCUCGCCGCAUACAGAGCAUUCGUCAUCUUCAUCGUCGAGAGAUGACGCCCCCCCGCCUACCGCAUCGACAUCCCAGCACAAAGCGACGUCAAGGCAAUCGAUAUCACGCCUGCAGCCAAGGCAGGUGCAAUCACGCUCAGCAGCGCAGUCAAAUUCUGCUCCAGCUGCGUCGACUUCAGCUAUCGCCUCAUCAUCUUCCACGGCAUCAACAUCAGCCUCAGCCCAGACUUCAUCACAGACCUCUUCCACUGCCACUCCAUCAUCAUCAUCAUCAUCAUCAUCAUCAUCGUCUUCAAACGCCUCGCCGCCACCCGAGCCUCCCAAGAAGACGUGGCGCUCCCGUAUCAAAGAUCUCUACGCCCAGCUCAAAUUCCUUUUCCGCUUCUACCUCAACGGAGUCAAGCAGAUUUGGCGUGAUCGGCAGCGAGUAGCAGAGAUCCGCAAGUCGUGCCUGGAGGAGAGGCGAGAGAUGACUUGGGGCGAGGCGCGGCUUGCAAAGGUGCACAGGGAGGACAUCAAGAAGCUGCCGCUGUUCUUGGCGAUUCUGCUCAUCGUCGAAGAAGUGCUGCCGUUGGUUGUGAUAUAUGCCCCAUUCUUGCUCCCCUCGACCUGCAUCCUCCCCUCCCAACUCCUCAAGAUCCGCCAAGGAGAAGAAACCAAACGCGCCGCCGCCGUUGAACGGCUCCGCAAUUCCUCUGCCAUCCGAGACCUCAUGGCGAGCGCCUCCCUUCCGGGCCCGAACAAGGGGCCAUCGCCUAGCCGUCCUACUUCUGCAGUCCACGAAGAGCUGGCUCGUCUCCCCACUUUGAGCGCAGCUGCGGCAGCAGAUCUUGAGACAUUGUGGAAGGCAUUGCCCAAGGAGACACUGGUGGAUCUGAGCGCCGUCUUUACGCUGCCGACUACCUUGAGGCCAACGGCUGCGCUGAGAAGGAAUCUUGAGAAGAGGGCGGAUUUCAUCCUUGAGGACGACAAGCUGUUAGAGGCCAGUAGCGGUCAGUCCAGCAGCAAGGCGUCUACAUCAUCGUUGACGGCCAAGGUAGACCUUGCCAGCGCAAGCCGAACCCAGACCGCCGGUCGCUCAGGCGACGCCGGCCAGGAGGAAGUCAUCGGCGGCGUCUCAUCCUCGUCCGCCACACCCACGGAGGGAGCUUCGGCGGUCGCUUCCUCAUCGACGCCUCCGCUUCCACCGCUUGCCAACUUCCCGUCAGACCUCCCCACUCUCUCGUCGGUCUUGACCGAGCGUGGUUUGCGGUCAGGCGAGAUAGAGCAAGGCGAAAUGGAGGCCACUUUGAGGCUGUGGACCAAGACUAGUGAGAGGUUGGCUGGAAGGAGAGAGGCGGCGACCAAGCAGGAGGGGGUGAAAGAAGCAGAGGCGGAGUCAGUACUGAAAGCUGCAGCCCCGCCGGCGAUCAUCGAUCUGCUGCUCCUCCCCCUGUCCCUCUACCCGCCUCCGCAACUUUUCACUCCCUCUCUCAGCGCUCCCGCGACAUCCUCCACCUCAUCCAGCUCGUCCCUUGGGGGCGAGCAAGCACCCGCUCAACAGGAGAGCGCCGGCCUGCUCGAGAAGAGCAAGGAGGUUGUGCGCGAGGUGGUCGAGGCGGAGGAGCGUCGCGAGCGAUUGAUGAAGGAGAAGGAGCAGAGGGAAAAGGCCGAGCAGGCGGGGGAGCAGCAAAAGUCAUGAUCGGACAUAGGGAAGGAGAGGGGCAGCAGACAGUCAAGGCAAUGCAUGUAAGGAGUAGCAGGGACAGCAAGGGGAGAAAAGGGAGCGAUAGAUGGCCUGGGAUGGCCAACGUGUAUCUGGGCUUCUGAUUUUUACCAUUCAUCACGCAUUGACAGCAUCGUACAAGAUCUCGCGAAGUUGCAUCAACGGCUCAUUUCGACGGCCUGUGAGACGAGCUUUGCGUGGUGCGAGCCCGCCAUAACGUCUGGUGGCGAGGCCUCUCCUGUCGGCGUUGGUCCUGCUGGAGGGGCUGUCCUCGAUGGUAGGGAAUGGGAGGCUCAUUGUAGGCUGAUUGACACGACUCAGUGUCUUACUCGCUCGGUCUGCAUUGCUUUGUGUCUUGAAUGCCAUUGUA